AUGAAAAGCAAGAAGUCAGAAAAACUAUUAAAACCCCAAAAGCUUAUUUUAACUGACAAUAAUCAGAUACCACAAAUUGAAGAUGUCUUACCAUCAUUUGAAAUGCACAACUAUAUGUUUAAUCGAACAACCAAGGAUGUUGAAAAUGAUUUAUCCGAGGAGCGGCCUCCAGCGUAUGAGUCGCUGAAUGGUCCGCCCUUGGAUGAAAAUGGCCAUGAUAUGAAUCCAAUUAAUGUUGAAGAUUUAAACACGAACGCAUUGAAGGAUUUGAAGGGGUUGAAGAAAGUUGAUCUUCCAAUUGAAGUGAAAAUAUUUGUGACCCAGCAGCCUGCAAAAAUGCAUCAUUACAUACCACCAAAGAAUGUUCUAACUGAGUAUAAGCCUGGAGAAAUGAUUACAGGAUAUAUUACAGUGAAAAAUUGUGGUGAGGAAAUUAUUCCUUUUCAGAUGUUUCUUGUUUCUUUAGAGGGAAUUGUUGGUACCAGAAGAUGGCCCGCAGGAAUAGAUCCACAACCCCAAAAAAGUAAUAUCUUUAUGCAGACAUAUGAUUUGGGUGCUUCGUACCAUCCAAGUCAUAUCUGUCUUUCAUUAAAUGGACCAGACUGUAAGGGAGAGCAGGAUAAACUUGAUGGAAGCUUUUAUGGAUUUCCGGAAAGCCAAAAGCUACAACCGGGAGUCACCUAUAAAAAAUUCUUUACUUUUAUUGUGCCGUUCUAUACCUUAGAUACCACCUGCCCUUAUCAAAUUCCUGAUCAUUUGAUUUUGCCACCAUCGUUUGGAAUGAACACUAGCGUUCCAACCGAACUUUGUAAUAAUUCUUACUGGUGCGAUUCGGUUGCAGCAUCCAAUUUUAAUGUGGAUUCUUCUCGCGGAUAUGUCUUCAGAGAUUUCCACCCUGGCAGUGCCAUGAGAGUUCGUGAUUUUUCCAACGAUUAUCAGUUUGUCAGUUACAGUAUACGGGCAAAGUUGAUUGGAUCAAAUCUAGAGCUUAAUAAAAGCUGUGAUGUGGAAAGUGCAGCAUCAAAUUCGGACCUUGUCGUUAUCAACGAUAUUCAUUACUUUAUUCGUAUUAAUACCUCAAAACCUGUUGCUGAUCUAAAUCAAAUGCGUGGUAAUGAUGCAUACUCAUUUUAUUCAUUGCCAACUAAGAUGCAGUUAAAAUCUUUUGAUAAUCAAGUGGAGGAUGUCAUUUCUAAUUUGAAGCAAAAGCUUAAGGCACAAGUUGAAGCACUGAACCAUACGGCAAAGGCCUGCAAUGCCAAUCAUAUAUCUUGCGAUGUUCAAGAAGGAGAACCUGUGCAGGAAAUCCCUCAAAAAGUUGCUGAAAUGCAUAGCACUUCAUCUAACAAACCAGUCUAUCUCAACACCUUGAUUGAUACUUCUUGUACUUCACUGAGCGUUAUCUCUUCAGAAGAGACUAGAUACACGCAGACGACUAGUAUGUCGGUAUCAAAGGGUUUGAUCCCACGGUUUUUGGGAACGAUGACUGUUAUUUUAAGUUCUCCAAAGGAUUUAUCAAUUGCGACAAUUCGUCCUAAAAAUAUAGAAGACUGUGAUCAAAGGCAAAUAUUCAUGGGUGACGUACCAUCUAGAUAUGAGCGGAGAGUGUCUGCUUCAGCUUUUUCUUCGAAAAGUGCUUCUAUAUUUGAUGAAGAAGUUGAGCCUUGCUGUGAAACCAUAGGCACGUCCAGUAUUUCUAUUUCAACACGAUCAUCCGUGAAAAGAAGUUCAAACUUUUCAGGUGUCUCUAAUUCAGUGCUUUCAGCAAGAAAACUAAACUGUGUUCAUGUAACCUUGAAGUUUGAGCCCAAAGCUUGCGAUCGCAAAUUUCAGCCUCCAAAAGAGGUUACGAUAAGGCCAGAGAUGGAAGUUAUCGACAUGCAAUCCGAUAAAUCACUUCCGGUUUCGUUCGAUGACCAAUAUGUGUGUAAGGGAGGAUUGACUGGUGAGGCGAAAAAAGCUCUGUUUUAUAAAUAUGCCAGUUAUAAAAGAGAAAUAUCGUCCUUAUGUCAAAAGCUUCAUGAAGGUGUCUCUGAGAAUAUAUAUCAUGGUAUAAGCGCCUUGACUACAAUUCGGCAAGAUACCACAUCUAUUAAAGAUCUUUUUGAGCCCAUCAGAAUAACUGAUCUCCAUUGGAAAUUUAACUUGCAAGACAAAUGUUAUACGACCUCUUUCGAGGUUGAGUUGAAAGUGAGUAAGAAGGCUAUCGAAAAGAAGUAUUAUAUACCACCUAGUUUUCAGACGUGCUCGUUAGGAAGAUGGUAUCUGUCGAAUAUAUCCAUUCAAAUAGGUGGGAAAACAUCAAAACUUAAGGUCCCUUUAAAAGUCGCUUAG